UAUGGGGGUCGCUUUCGGCACCUGGGUGGCAGCCCUGCUUAUUGGGCUAGCCAGUGGAGAACCAGUGAUCACGGGCCGUUCUCCCUACUGGAUGGGCCAUGCAGGGGGCGUUACUCUCACGGUCACUGGAUCUGGCUUCAGCGAAGACAUGUUCAGCCAGUUCGACCCCACGCUCGGCAACAUCGUGAAGCUUGUGAACGACGCCGAAACCAUAGACUGCGAGGUCAUCAAUUAUCUGUCCAAUACUAAUAAAAUCGUCUGCAAUUCAGGACCGAGAACCAACACGGCCGGAUCCGGGAUUUAUUACAUCCAAGUCUUCUCCGACGGCGUGCAGGCGACCGGCACCCAGACGGUAGAGUACGCCGACUGGGUGGCCCCAAAGAUCGACAGCGUCACCCCGAGAUGGGCGCUGGGUCGCACUGUGGUUGAGUUCGGCGGCUGGAUGCAGGCGACCACAUACCGAGGAGUUGAUCCUGCAGAUCCUUUGGAAACUGGGAGUGACUCCGGGGUCAUUCUCACCAAGGUGUACAUGGGCGGCGUGGAGUGUGAAAUGGUGAAUGAAACCAGCGGGGCGUUGUACCAGCUGGAAUCGCGAAGCCUCAAGUGCCUGGUGACCAGUAAGUACACCGGACCCAUGAACGGAACCACCUACGUUACUGAACGCGGCGUCUCCGUCAACCGGAAAUGGGGAAUUUACGUCGAUUCUCAGGACAGACUGUUCCAGCACCACACUUACGCAGGCGUUGAGAGCGUGAGUCCCAGCAGCGGAUCCACGCAGGGAAACACUCUGUUGACUGUCACAGGUGUUGGCUUCGACCCUUACCCCGGCAAGACUGAGGUGUGGGUUGGAGGAGCUGAGUGUGUGAUCCAGGAUGUGCAAGACGAGACACUCACCUGUUUAACGCCGUCGCAAAGCGUUACUGGGCCUGCAUCAGGAGAGCGCGGCAUCCUGUCGGAGACGUGGAGUGGCGUGUACGUCAGUGACUUGCGUGACGACAGCCUCUGGGCGCCCCUGGACUCCAGCCACAGCGGCUACAGCUCCUCCGUGAUGCAGGACACGACGAUCACCGUGGACGGCACCCAGAACCUGACGGGGAGAGUCUCCGGCUAUCUCCAUGUUGCCCACGACGGUUUGUAUUCUCUGUCCGUUGGCGACUUGGAUGGCAAUUCUGACUUCUUCGUUGCCGAAAAUGGCAACCCCGACAACAAGACUUACGUGGGUCACUGGCAGCACAUCACACUCGAGGCGGACACCCCGGCCUAUUUUGAGCUCCGGUAUCGCACCAUGGCGAGUAUGACCUUCCGCAUCCGAAUGGCCGACUUCAACGCCAAAUUCACGUACGACCAGACGGCCAUCGGUCACAACGAGCUCCAGCGUGUCAGGUUGGACCCCAAGGAGCAGUUCGAAGUGCAGAGGAUUAGUUACUCAGGAUCCCCAGGACAAGCUAGGAUUUAUCUGGCUGGAUUUACCUCUGACCUUGUUGAUAUCACUGUGGAUACAGAGAUUCGAUCCGCGAUUCUAGGCCUGACUGACCAGCAGUGCGACAUCCAGGCGGACAGCCCGACCUACCUGUACCAGGUCGACUUCGAAAUGGGCGAGGAUGAUCUUCUUGGCGUGAGAGGAUCGACCGUAGUCGACUUCGCGAGCUACUGUGGAAAGAAAUCCUACGUGUUGAAUACAGACGACCCAAGGCUUUUCUACACCGACGAGGAGGAUGAAAUGGCGGACGUUAACACCUAUCGCUAUAUGUGUUUCGCUAUACGAGGCAACAUUGAGACCACCAUGAAGGUACAGUUCCGCUGGAAGGACAAAAAUGGCAGGACGGGAAGAACCGACCAACUUACGGUUGAUCACGGAUUUGCUUCCACGGCUGACGCGUGGGCUUACGGCUGCAUUGACUUGAUUGCGCUCGUUGAAAAUUCGUGGAUAAACAACGACCGCAAUGCAGGAGAUAAGCUGAAGGUCAGACACGUCCUGGCGCCGCGUCGAUUAACUUACAGAGACAACGUAUACGUCGACACCUUCGCCUUUUCCACAGAAAACAUCAACGUGAUCCAGACCCGACCAUCCGCCUUGAAGAACGCAGGAAUCCUAGUGGACGACGUGGUUGUGACGGCGGUGGAGAAUGAACCUGCUUUCGACGUGGAGUUCCAGACCGGCAACUGCGCUGGAAAUUUCCCUCUGCUCGGCGUGACGGAGACCUCGGGCGAUGCGUCGUGGAUCACCGAUCUCGCCAGCGCCGCCAGCUACACCUUCAGCGUGGGCGCGGAGCAGGUGAACGUGAGCCGGACCUUCGUGGCCACCCACCCCGCCGCAGGAACUUGGUCGCUCAACAUCGAAGGCGCCACUGUCGAAGACAUCCCCUUCGACGUCACGGACUGGGCUCUGGAUGAGAUGAUCGAGGCCGCCCUUGGAACCAGCGGCAUGUUGGUCACUCGCUACGGAAUUUGCACCAGAUAUGACUGGUACAUAGAGUGGAAGGAGAAUCCAGGGCUGAAGGAGCUGUCUUCCAUCGACGAUUCGGGACUGACGUUCGAUGGCGAGAAAAUCACUUCGUUUGUAGACAGGAGAAGAGAAGGCAAGCUGUGGCACGAUCCUAUCGAGGGCGACUUCCUCACCGUCAGGAGCGAAGAACCUCAAGUGUUCGUGAGGGUGAACGGCUACUCUGCUGCUUGCACCGGCUCUUGCGGGUUUACUUUCGACGACUCAGGUGCCCCGAGCCUCUCUUCUGUUACUGGAUCUCCAGAUGCGUCGGGCAGCCAUACUCUGACCAUUGUGGGUACAGGAUUUAGCAGUUCCGACAACAGCGACUACAGCGUAACCGUAGGAGGAUCUGAUUGCACCGUAUCUGCCGUCACUACCACUCAGGUGACCUGCACAGUCGCUUACCUGCCCGCCGGCGUCUUCCCCGUCGCCGUCAGUAUGAAUCCCGUCGGAGGCGCGCUGCAGCCCGACCCGCCCCUCUCCUACACCGUCACCGUCACCGUUACGUCCGUCACCCCUGCCACGGGAGGGACGGGCGGCGGGUACUCCGUGGUCGUGGCCGGCACCGGAUUCCCCGCAGACCUGGCCGGUUGGGAGUCAAACUCCGUCGCUCUCGGCCUCGAGGCUUGUGACGUCAUCGCCGCCGACGCCACCUCGGUCACGUGCACCGCGCCAGCCGGGACCGGAGUAGUCGACGUCUCGGUCACCGUCGGGGGCGUCGCGGCCUCGCUGUCGUCAGCCUUCACGUACGAUGCGUCGCUGUCAGCCACUCUGACCAGUGUCAGCCCGACCACAUCAUCAGUGUUGGGCGGAGAGCUCCUGACGAUCACCGGCUCUGGCUUCGGCUCCGGAACCGACGGACGUGUUAUGGUGGGAGAUGAAGAGUGCGAGCCAGACAGUUGGGCCGAUGCUUCCAUUACCUGCACGCUGCCGGCCCUGUCCCCUGGCGCUCACCCUGUCACCGUCUUCACCAACAGCAGCAUGGGCUUUGCUAGCGGGUCGGCUUCCGUCACCUACACGUUGAAAGUGACGUCCUACUCCUCCGCCACUGGCUCUGUCUACGGCGGAUCGAUCAUGGUCAUCAGAGGCGAAGGUUUCGGUUCGAACUGCUCCCUCCUGCAGAUCGACCUCGGGGACGGCGUCAUGUGCGACGUCGAGGAGUGCUCAGACACCGAAGUAACCUGCACAGUGAUGGUGAUGCCCCGAACUCACGUCGUCAGGAACAACGGCAUAAACACAGUGCAUGGCCCUGGUUAUGCUUGGAAUCCCAAGCUGGUAGUCGUCAGAGAGGGAGACAGCGUCAAGUGGGAGUGGACCAAGAGCGACCCCCUGUCCCAGCUGAUGUACAAUGUGUUCCAGACCAGCUCAGGAGCUUCCAUUGAAUACGAUGGCAGCGGCUUCAAUUCCGGAGCUCCCACGUCUUCUGGUUCCUACAUCGUGACCUUCCCCCAUCGAGGCACUUAUUUCUACGCCGGCACGCCCAUUGCGAACAACGUGGUGCUCUCCGGAAAGGUUGAGGUCCUGAAACCCGCGCAGAAGGCGUACAAGGUCACGCUCUCUCUCGGGGGCAUCGAGGCCGAGUUUGUUCCUGAUGGAGCAGCUGUCUCUGUCUCCGUGGACGGCUGCUCCCCCAUCCUAGAGACCGCCGUCGCCGACUGCAACUCGACGGCUCCCGACGCGCCCGACGCCGAUGCUCUGUACUUCAUUACCGACAUGUGUUUCACGGCCUCCGUCACGGGCGUCUCCGCCAGUGCCACCCAGAACGUCGCUGGCCUCAGCGGCCUCCAGGUGGCGGGCGGUGCCACCCUGACCCUCACUGGCUCCGGCCUCGGGGAGUCGACGUGCCAGACUGAGGUGUGGGUUGGUGACGCUUCUUGCACUGUCACGGCCUCCUCGGACACCUCUGUGACCUGUAACCUCGACGACUACGACAGCAUGGUCUCCCUGCAGCCCUUCCCUCUGGUGGUCAAUGUGAUCAACAGGGGUAUCGCCUGCCUGGACGUACCGGACUUCGAAACAACAGGCCAGGUUAGCAUAGUUCCCGUUGUGACGUCAUUCAGCCCGGUGGAAGGAUCCCUGGAAGGAGGCACAGUCGUCACCAUCCAAGGAACGGGCCUCGAAGCCUUUGACGGCCAGGCCACAGUGCUCAUGGGUUCGUAUCCCUGCGUCGUGAGUGAAGUCACGCCCACCGACAUCAUCUGCAUCACUACGGCGGCGCCUGCGGGAGCUGUCAAUAUGGUCGUUAGGAUCUCCGCCUAUAAUAUCGACGCAGUCAGCAACCUGGCGAGCUCCGUUUUCACUUACUCGACAGCAGCAACACCAUCUGUGACCUCUGUAUCCCAGUCCGGUUCAUCGCUGACCAUUACCGGCUCGGCCUUCGGCACCAACUUCGCCGCAGUCACCGUCACGCUCACCGUCACCUCGAGUCGGCGCAAGAGAAGCAUUCCCGACGAGAUGCCCGAAGACCCAGCUCCUGUUCGCGGCCACUUCUUGGUCGCCGACGAAAGGAGCGAUGAGGUUGACCAGGAUAUGGAAGGCGUUGUUCGCGAUAGUUACAAGCCGGUCGUCCAUACUGGUCUCUUCGACGACAUGGGAUCGGACAGCCAUUUCUGGGGCACAUUUACGAAAACGAACGCGAGAAACUUCGAGGAAUCGAAGGCCCUCGGAGCGUGGAGGAUAGGAGGCAGCAAGCGCGUUGCAAAGGUAGAGGCGCCCGUGGCGUUGGAUGUGCGAGAGAAACGAGAGGCUUCUCAGACCUCAUACGAGUGCUCGCCAACUUCAGUCACGGACACCACAAUUGUCUGCAAUACGGCCAGUCUCCCAGCUGGCAGCUAUGAUAUUUCACUGUCUGUGGAUGGCCUCGGCGAUGCUUCCGUCGACUCUGGCGUAGGAGCCGUCACCACGGCCCCCAUUGUGUCCACAAUAUCGCCGACGGAGGGCAGCGUCAAUGGCGGCGCCCUUCUUACCAUUUCCGGCGCUAGUUUCACUCUAGGAAAUCUGAAUGUAACCGUGGACGGCCUCGAGUGCCAAAUCCUGUCAGAAGCCAUUGACACCAUCACAUGCCUCACCCCAGUCCACGCAGCUGGCGUUGCGUCGGUGGCAGUAACGUCUGGAGGAGUUACAACCAACUCGCCAACUGACUUCACCUACGACUCCGCUAAGACCCCUGUCCUCUCCAGUGACCCGGUAUCACCGAUUGCUUGCUGCAAUGCAAGCAUUUCCUUGUCUGGAACAAACCUGAAACUGGCCACCGAUGACCCAGAGGUCACAGUGGGCGGGGUGGCCUGCACAGAAGUCGUUGCCACCUCCACUACCGUUACUUGCAAGAGUCCAGAACUGGCUUCAGGCACUUACGAUAUCGUUGUGAGAGAUGUUCUCUACGGAUACUCAAAUUCAAUUAGUGUCACCUACAGUUUUUCAGUCGACUCCGUGAGCCCAUCUUCAGGAGGCUUUGGAGGAGUGGAGGCGACGCUGACCGGAACAGGCUUCGACCCAGCCGGCGGCUCCACAGUGACCGUAUGCGAUGCAACGUGUGACGUCACUGCUGCCAGUUUUGGCUCCAUCAAGUGUGUCGUUCCCCCCAGGACACCAGGAGGAAGCAGCACAGAGUCGUGUGACGUUGUUGUGACGAACCCCGACGCUACAACCACGACGCUUGUUGGCGGAUUCACUUAUGACUCUUCUCUGAGUUCUUCCGUCACAGUCGUUUCUCCCGUGAGAGGAGGAACAGCUGGCGGCACCGAUAUUACCAUCACGGGAACCGGUUUUGCAGACACUGGAAACGCAGUCACUAUCGGAGGCUCUGUUUGUAACAUCUUGACUGAGAGCAGCACCGUGAUCACUUGCAAGACUACCCCCCACAGUGGACCCGGAGAGUUCCCUGUUAUGGUUACUGUGCCUGGCAAAGGCAUUGCUACAGUUGACGAGAAUGGAGAGUUCUUCUACAUUGAUCGCUGGAGUUCGGUGUUCACGUGGGGCGGACUGCCCGUGCCAUCGGAAGGCCAGCUCGUUAUCAUCGAGAACGGCCAGACUGUCCUCAUGGACGAGUCGACGGAAGUCCUCGAAAUGCUCCUCAUCAAAGGAGGUCACGUGGUAUUCGACCAGGAAGCAACAUCGGAGAUCGUCCUGCGAGCCAAGUACAUCCUGGUCGUCGAGGGCGGGUCGCUGAGCAUCGGGUCCGAGGAAGAGCCAUUCAUGGGCGAUGCUGUUAUCGAACUCUAUGGCGACACGAAGACCAUCGAAUUACCCAAUUACGGAGCAAAGGUACUGGCCGUGCGUGAAGGUAGACUGGACCUCCAUGGAGCGCCCAUUGAGGUAACAUGGACACACCUGGCGACCACGGCAGCUCAAGGCAGCACUACAAUAACCCUUAAACAGCCUGUCACCUGGAAGGCAGGAGACAAUAUUGUUAUCGCUACAACUGAGCGCAGGUUCAUGGUCAACGAGAACGAGGAGCGCACCAUCGCCUCCGUGUCGGCCGACGGCCUCACCCUCACCCUGACGGAGCCCCUCGACUUCGAGCACAUCUCCAUCGAGCAGACCUUCGGGAGUCACGUGGUGGAGACCCGCGCUGAGGUCGGCCUCCUCACGCGCAACAUCAAGAUCAGAGGCAACAUUAACUCGGACUUCAUUGAAGAGAUCGAGGCAUGCGAUGAGGACUGGCAUCCAGGUCAGUUCAAGGUCCAGUCUUGCUUUAACGGAAGGUUUGGCGAAGAGAUCGGAGGCGCUCAGUUCGGCGCUACGGUCAUGCUAUUCGGCAAGGAGGCCAACAAGGACCUCGUGCAGGGCCGCGUCGAAUACGUCGAGGUCACCGAGGCUGGACAGGCUUUCCAACUGGGUCGCUAUCCCCUUCACUUCCACUUGGUCGGCAACGUCAACACCUCUUACAUCCGUGGUUGCGCUGUGCACCGUACGUACAACCGUGCAGUGACCAUCCACGCUGCUGAUUACCUCACCGUGGAGAGGAACGUCGUCUACAAUAACAUGGGCCAUGCUAUCUUCACUGAGGAUGGUGUGGAACAGUUCAAUGUGAUCCAGUACAACCUCGCUGUUUACACAAGAAGUUCGUCGUCAUUGCUGAAUGUUGACAUAACGCCAUCCGCCUAUUGGGUCGUGCACCCCAACAACAUCGUCCGACACAACGCAGCCGCGGGAGGCACUCACUUCGGCUACUGGUACCGGCUGGAGCGCCACCCGUCAGGGCCCUCCGCGACUAAUUCCAUCUGCCAGAACAAUGCACCCAUUGGAGAGUUCACCAAUAACACGGCGCAUUCCAUGGGCUGGUAUGGUUUAUGGGUAUUCUCCAUGGAUGGCUACUUUCCAAAAUCCAAUGAAUGCUGGGGUAGCAAUUUGGUUGCCAAAUGGGACGGGUUUACCACGUGGAGGAAUGAGCGCGGGGCGGAGAUCGUGUUUGGAGGACAAUUGCAGUUCCACAACUUCGUGGCUCUGGAUAAUGAAUUUUCCGGCAUCGAAAUGGUGAAGAUGGAUGGUGGAUUCGGAUUGGACAAUGGACCUGGAGUCUUUAACUCAGUGAUCAUCGGUCACUCGGCGCUCACUCCCGAAGGCUGCGGUGACGCAACUAGCGGAAUCAUAGCACCGAAGAAGAGCGUCUUCAGUAUCGCCGAUACCGAAUUCUACAACUUCGAUACCAACAAGUGCACGGCGCUGUCAGGGUGCUCUCAGUGCAAGGUCUUCCAGGGAGGUUAUCAAGUUCAGGUCAAAGGCCUUACCUUCGUCAACUCACCUAACAAGCUGAAGUUCCUGUGGGAACACGAAACAGUGUGGAUCGACGCAGAUGGAUCGCUGUCUGGGGUUCCUGAAAACAAAGUCGUACCGGACUCGGGUAUCCUGCCACCUGCAUGCACGAAGAGCGUCGCAGCUUUCUCUCUGAAUCCAGAGGCCCCCGGCGCGGUCUGCCCCUCGUCUGUGGAGUUCGUCAGACUCACCGUGAAGGGAACCAACGUGAAGCCGCAGUCCUUCCGAGGCGGCGACCUGGUCCUCUCGGACAGUUAUGGCAACACCACCAUCCCGUACCGCGUUAAGAGGUUGGACGGCGGCGAGGGAUGGAUGGCUAUAUUGCCCACGGCAGAAACCUACGACUGGAUGUUCGAAGAUGGAGAACCUCAAACAGAUAUCGAAUACGAAGCUCAGACUAAACAUAUGCAGAGUGGACAGUAUUAUUACGUGCAGCACCGAUUCAUGCAAACGCCAGAUUCCUUCAGCACGACAGGUGUUGAGAGAAACAGCUCCGACUCCCUUCCAGACCCGGUUACAGGCUUCCACGGGGAAUACUACUGGGACGACUCCGCGAAGACGAUGACUUACUUGGUUUCGGAUCAAGUAGAAUCCAGGAAGAAACGAACAGUCUUUGACGAGCGAAGGACAGGUUCAACACGAAACAUUAACUUUGAGACAUACAGGUGCGAAUACGAGGGCUGUAUUCCUCCCACGCCUCCGCCCGUGCCCACUGGCCGCCCUGAUGUUACUUUCCUGUGGUCCGACGUCGAGACAUGGAAGGAAGUUCCUGUAGGAUCGGGAGGACAUCCUACGGAGGAAGAAUACGGUCUGCCAGUGGAAGGCGACGAGAUCAUCAUUCCACCAGGUGUGUGGAUUAUCGUGGAUACAGAUACCCCAAGCCUCGGCCGCGUUUACGUCUAUGGCGGUUUGGAGUUUGCAGACACAAUGGAUCAUGUGUUCAACGCUACGAUCAUUUUCCUGCAGGGUGGAAGUCUGGUGGCCGGAUUUAGCGAAGACGCCCCCUUCACGCAUAAGCUCAACAUCGUCCUCAGGGGCACCACAGACCCGAACGAUCCUGACAAUGUUGACAUGCCCAUGCCCGACGGCACACCCGACGUUGGAUGGAAGGCCAUGGGUGUAUUUGGACAGUUGAUCCUCAACGGGCAAUGUCCUUCCACCACUUGGGUCAAACUCGGAGCCACCGCUGCCGCCGGGGAGACUGUUGUCACACUGGCUGAAGCCGCCGACUCGUCUUGGCUCAAUAAGGAGGUAAUGAUCACUACCACCGGGAAGGAGCCUACCGAAACCGAGGUGCGGAUGGUCACCGCCGUAUCUGGUAACACUCUCACCCUCGAUGCUCCGCUUAUCUACGAACAUUUAGGCGAGACUCACACACUUUCUGACGGAACUCAGUAUGUAAUGGCCGGCGAGGUUGGGCUUCUAACUCACCAGAUCGUCAUCGAAGGCAGCGACUAUGCAGGCCUGAAUGCAGAAGGCUUUGGAGGUCGUGUCCUCGUUUCCACUCUGACUUCAGAAGGAGUUGAUUAUCAAGGGAGUGCUCAGCUUUCCUGCGUAGAAUUUAAGAACAUGGGUCAGAAGGAUUUCUCAGAAUCCACCGAUCCAAGGUUCUCCAUAGCCUUCCAUAGUCUGGGGACUGAUGAUGGUUCCAAUUAUCUGAAGAAAUGUAGUUUUAACAAGAACUUCAACAGUGCUAUUGGGUUCUUCAGUUCAAACAACUUCGUCGUUGAAAAUAACGUCGUUUACUAUACUGUUGGCUCUAGCAUCGUCGAUGAAGGUGAAACCAACAGCUUCCGGUACAACUUGGUAUCCCUUUUGUUCUUCCCUGGUACCUACAACGGCGAAGCAGAAGAUCAGUACCAGCCAUGGGAAGGCGGAUUCUACCUCAAUAAAGCCACUGGAACUGUAUUAGAGGGCAAUGUUGUUGCUGGAUCUGAGCUUGCUGGCUACCGAACCUAUGGAGAGCUUUGCGAUGAGUCCACUAACUGGAUCGACAAUGAAGUCCAUGGUGCAACAUAUGGUGUUAUGGUUUGGAAAAAGGGACAACCAGUACCAAAUGAUUGCAGAAGGAUCAAUAACUUCUAUGCAUGGAGAAUCACCGAUACAGCUUUCUACAUGCAGAGUUAUGCAAGCCUCCACCUAACAAAUGUGGUUAGCGCUGACAGUCGGAUUGGAACAAACCAGCUCGUUUACGCUCCUCCCGCAUUGAGCCACAUGGUAUCAACGAAAACAGCUACCACAGACAACUCCUUGUUCAUCGGAGCGUCGCCGUCUUAUGACUGCACUUACCACAACUCAACAUCCAAUGCUCAGAACUUCUUCACUAAUCUGUGGACGAAGGGCAUCGAUGGCGGAAAUGCUGGAGUAAUGCUGGCAGCCUUCGUCUCAGGGAUCAACAUGGCUCCAAAGCAUGCAUUCCACGAGGCAUCCGCUUACCCAGCCAUCAACGGAGCCACAUAUAUCAGUAACGUCAAGUUCGCUAACUACGCCACUCGCACUUGUGGAAAGGAUGUUGCCAUGAUAUCCAAUAAAGAUGCGGAUGAUGCUAUCCACCCAGUCUUCGUUAGUGGCCUGACCUUCCUUGACACUUCCGAAAGUAACAAGCUCUUCCUGUUCGAACCCAACCUUGGAAGAGUGAACCCUUCAGACUGCGUGGACAUGGAUUGCGAUGGCCACAAAAAGGUUAUAAUUACUGACAUGGACGGCACUUUCCUUGGUGCUGUGGAUGCCACCGCCACCUCGCAGGCUGAGUUCGAGUGGGAUGGAGAUCCAAGUCGCGGAAUCGGGGAUUACAGGAUUCCGAUUUCUCUUCGGCAAAAAUCCGAUGGCAGUGCAUUUACACCGGCAGAAAAGUUCCCAAAGAAAGGAAUUAUUCGUGACGACUCUUGCACUCUCAUGACGGAGUGGCGAGCGUGGAAGUGCACGAAUUUUAGGCACCGCAUGAUGGUCAUCGAGAGCAUGGAUUCGGACACAGAAAUUCGUCGCUUGUCUCCAAUUGGUCUCAUUGCAAACCCGGGCGUGAACGGGUAUGUGGACCUGUUGAAUGGGCCAAUGGAUCGCGGAUGGUGCUUCGGCUAUACCUGUCAGGAGAGGAUUUCCACUUUCUAUGCUGUUGUGGCUACAGGACAUGUUUACGAAAUGGCUAUGACUAGCACUCCACCUCAGGUCAUCCGAUUCCACUUGCUCCACACGGAUCCCAGUGAGGCCGUUCUUCUCCGCAUGUACUUCCCGAAGACGCAAAGAUACGACAUAUCUGUUGACGGCGUGUACAUUCCUCCAACCAACAUUGACAAUUCUAAAUAUCCAGCAGAGUACCAGCUUCUUCCCGAAAACGAUUUGUUCUUACCAUCCAUCACUGAUCCCGUUGGAACCAAUUACCUGCAAAGAAAUAAGAAGCUCCUUCACGUCGUCCUCCGAGGCGGAUCGGUCAUAGACAUCACGACGACCCCUACCAUCAUCCUCUCCAUGGGCAUUGUGAUCGACCCCGACAAUUUCUUCGAAGAGAACCUCGUGCAGAACUUGGCCCUCUUGCUGAACAUCCCGCCGGAAAAUAUUAGAGUCACCAACAUCAUCAGCGAGAGCUCAGGAAGGAGGAGGAAGAGGGCAACGGAGGAUCGUGAGGUAGAGUUUGAGAUCGCAAGUCCGCCGAUGGAUUCGUCCAACAGCUCGAGCGGCAUCUCCGGGACUCACGCAGAGAUGCUGACUCGCGCAGAUUUGGAUGAUAUCAUGGAAGAAGCUGUGAACACCUUCCAGUCCGGGGUGUGUCAUGUUUGCAACUUCACCAUAAGUUCACUGAAGGUUAGCCCACCGUUAAAGGAGCCCGAAGUACCCACCGGCUACGCAACGCCAGAAUUCGGUCAGCAGAUCAUACAAAACGGAACUCUGUACAGCAACUUGCAACAGCAGGAAGACCAGUUGGCACUGAACCAGAGCAUUCAGGGCACCGCCUACGAACAGCCUAGUGCCUCUGCCAUUGAACAAGCAGUUCCGAUCACAGUGAAAGCACUUACUCCAUUCCCUGAUCAACCGGUUGUAGUCGUCCUUUCAGAUGAUGGCAAUCCCAUCACUGACCUGGGCCGAGAGAGUGAGCCUUGGAGGAUGACAGCCCUCCUCUCCGGCGGGGACUCGAGAGCGGUCCUCUUGGGCAACACGACGGUGUCCUACCUGGACGGGGCCGCCACCUUCACGAACCUCGGCGUCAGCAGGCCGGGCUUGGGUUACUCCCUGACCUUCAUGAUCACGAGUCCGGACUCAGCGCCGGAUCUUUCUGUCGCUCUUGACCAGGCCUUUGUGGUUGAACCGAAGUCGAUGAAGAUGCAGAUUGAAGCUCCUGAAUACAUCGUAAUCAAUCAAGAUUUCAGUCUGAACAUUGUCCUUAUUGACCGUGAUACAGGGAACAUGAUGGACAGCUCGAUGCUUGUGGGCCAAACUAUCAGUGGCUUAGUGAAGUCAAAGAAGAGGGCGAGACUCCAAGGCGCUACGAGGUUCACUUUCCAAGACGAGGACGUGGCCAGCUUCUCGGUCGACGGCCUUCGAGUGGGCAAAGCUCUCAGGAGGUUCCGGCUUUCCGUCAAGAGCAAUAUCGCGCCAGCUGGAAUUGCCGUCAAUGGCGUUACAGACUUGAUACCGGUUCUAGAUUUCGAAAUGCCAGUGAACGCUACGGUAACACAGAUCAGGAUGAGAGUCAAAGGCAUCAACAGUAAAGGAGUGAAGAAUCAUGUAGCAAUGUUUGAGAAUAAGGCGAUGUCCGAGAUCCAGAACAUCGGAAACGUACUUUGGCAAAACCCUGAACUGAAACUCGGCAGGAAGUUGGUUUUCUCUGUGGAAAUCAAGGGCGGCCAGGCGGAGCGGAGCGCUGCCAUCGAGAGCCUCUGCAUGAAGCUGAAGACGAGGAAGAUCAAAUUCAAGAUCAACAGGAGGACCGUCUGGUUAGAGAGGAUGAAGGUGGACAAUGGAAAGUGGUUCAAGUGUAAAGUGAAGCGGUUCAUCGAGGUGAAGCAAUAUGUGGGCGCUUAGAGGAAGUUUGGAAAUGGCAAGAAGUACAGUUGUGACAAAUAAUACAAAUACUUUUCUGUACUUGGUUUCUUUCUGGUUUUAUGGUACAAGUGGUUUGGUAUCAAAAUCUACAAUUCGUAUUUCGAACCUAUUUUGCAUUUAAAAAUACCUAUUUAUCGAUAUGAAUGCAAUGGAUGAUAAACAUUAUUAAUAUAUUGCUUCUCAGUGUUGACGAUUCAUUUAUACAGUCAUCCAGAUUGUGUUAAUGCAAUAAACAAAACUAUAAAAA